GCUUUGCUUUCUAUGUUCAGAAGGUGAGAAUCACAUCACUCGUAUGUUUUUAGUAUCUUCUCAUGGUGUAUUAUUUUCAGGUGUAGUUAUUUAAUUGGCUCAAUUUAAUUUCCUGUAUUCCUAUAUGAAAUGAGUUGACAGGUGCAGUUUCUCAGUUAAAAGUAUUAAAGUUUAAACAUUUGUAGGCAGUGGAUAUGGUAGGAGUCUAAAAUGCAGACUCCCCAGAUAGCACUGAAUCGAAAUAUUUAGUUUCUGCUACAUGUUGCUUCACAGUACCAGAUUGCAGAGCAGGAGGUGAGAUGGGGUGUGUGACUGUAUUUGAGCCUGUGGUGGGUCUGCAUGCUUUUGCCAUGUUCAUAACCUAUCCUCUACUACAGCAGUAUAUCUACAGGAGACUGUGGGAACAGCUGUGUGGAUCUCUAUUUCCUGUCAGUAUAAACCAUUCUCAUUGCUCCAACAACUACACCAAUUUGACUAUUCAUCAGGCUGUGCAGAAGGAGAUGUCUCAUUUCCACAUCAAGUUUGAGCUGUCCUUCCUAUUUCCCAGCCUGGUCUCCUCAGUGCUUCUGUUGUCAUACAGUGACUAUGGUGGACAUAAGGUGGCAAUGGCUCACCCAUUGGUGGGCAGUUUUUUCUUCCCUCUCACUUUUUUCAUAGUGGGCGAGUACUCACUCAGGUACCUCAGGUACCUUCUUGGUGCUGCUUUUUCUGGGCUUUUAGGGGGUAAACGUACGCUGGCUGGAGACUGUUUUUCCUAUGUGGCUGACAAUUGUACUACUAGAAAAAGAGUAAAGGCUAUUCAAAUGGCUCGUCUAGACAUCGUUCUAGCUAUGCUGUCUGAUUUGGGCUCCCUUUGCACUGGGUUCUAUAUUCAAGUUGCUGGCUUCAGCUGGCCAUUCCUCUCUGCAUCCAUAUUUCAUCUGCUCAACCUGAUUUAUGUGUUGGGGAUGCUAAAGGAGCCUCAGUGUUCUUCAGUACAAAAUCUGACCCUGAAGCAGAGCUCGUCCAGCCACAGGGCAGCUGCUGAACCUUUCCCUCAGACAAGGGGCUUUUAUGGUGUCCUACCUGCUUUUUGCAGCUUCUACAAGGAGACAAAAUGUAGUGCUGCUUCUCAUCCUACUGUAAGUGACUUUGUCAUCUACAAGUGGGAAGAUGAUGGUGGAGUUCUUCUCAGUAGCAAUGGAGUUAAGGGUCUGCAGGCUGAAGUCUCUGACCUUAGCCCUAGCUUCGCGGGUUGCCUCAGCCUCGGCUGCCAUAGCCCUCUGAAGCUGACGAGGCAGCUUCACGUCUUUUAUCUCCACACGCUCCACCUUAAUGCCCCAAGCGUCUGUGGCUUCAUCCAAAGUCACCUGAAGAAAACAAGGUGUUUUUAUGGUGUCUACCUGCUUUUUGCAGCUUCUACAAUGAGACAAAAUGUAGUGCUGCUUCUCAUCCUGAGUGCCAUUGUCUUCUACAAAAUGAUAAAAAAAAUGGAUUCGUAA